GCCUCUUGCUGCGUGACCGCUGAUUGGUUACGGAGGACGGAAGCUCUGUUGGGGUUUCUUUAGAAGUUUUCCCCUCCUGGGCGGCGGCGGAGCUGGUAACCAAGGUAGAAAACGCUCUGGCAGAAGCUUUCGUGACUCCUAGGGAUGGCGGCAGCUGCAGCAGGACCUGCAUCGUCCCAGCGGUUUUUCCAGAGCUUCUCAGAUGCUCUGAUCGACGGAGACCCCCAGGCGGCGUUAGAGGAGCUGACUAAGGCUUUGGAACAGAAUCCAGAUGACGCACAGUGUUACUGUCAGAGAGCUUAUUGUCACAUUCUUCUUGGGAAAUACUGUGAUGGUAUUGCUGAUGUAAAGAAGUCUCUUGAACUCAAUCCAAAUAAUUCUACUGCUAUUCUGAGGAAAGGGAUAUGUGAAUACCAUGAAAAAGACUACGCUUCUGCUUUAGAAACAUUUGCAGAAGGACAGAAAUUAGAUAGUACAGAUACAAAUUUUGACAUCUGGAUUAAAAGAUGCCAAGAGAUUCAGAAUGGAUCAGAACCUGAAGUGUCUGCAUCUCAGAGGACCCAGUCCAAAAUCAAGUAUGACUGGUAUCAAACAGAAUCUCAAGUAAUCAUUACACUUAUGAUCAAGAAUGUUCAGAAGAAUGAUGUACAUGUGGAAUUUUCAGAAAAAGAGUUGUCUGCUUUGGUGAAAAUUCCUUCUGGAGAAGACUAUAGUUUGAAACUGAGGUUGCUUCACCCUAUAAUACCAGAACAGAGUACAUUUAAAGUACUUUCAACAAAGAUUGAAAUUAAAAUGAAAAAGCCAGAGGCGGUGAGAUGGGAGAAGCUAGAGGGACAAGGAGAUGAGCCCACACCAAAACAGUUCACAGCAGAUGUAAAGAACAUGUAUCCAUCCUCAUCUCAUUAUACCAGGAACUGGGAUAAAUUGGUUGGUGAAAUCAAAGAAGAAGAAAAGAACGAGAAGCUGGAGGGUGACGCAGCUUUAAACAAGUUAUUUCAGCAGAUCUAUUCAGAUGGUUCUGAUGAAGUGAAACGUGCCAUGAACAAGUCAUUUAUGGAGUCUGGUGGUACAGUCUUGAGUACCAACUGGUCUGAUGUAGGUAAAAGGAAAGUUGAAAUCAACCCUCCUGAUGACAUGGAAUGGAAACAGUACUAAAUAAAUCAAUUUGCUAUCACUGUAUUGCAUUUGUUCACGAGUGCCCAUUGUGUGCUUUGUCACAUUCUUGAGUUUUAAACAGUAUCUUUUGAAAGAUUAAACCUUUUUGCAUCUCUGUGCUUUAGAAAUGA